AUGUCCGACUGUAAAAGCAGCCUCCAGCACUCGUCUCCUGGCAAAGCGCACGGCUAUGAUCACAUGGUAUUGAACCAAAGUGAUUUUUUGUCUCAUGACCAAGUACAGAUGCUGGGUCCUGAGCUGAAUCUAACAGAGAUGUCUGAAGGCGAAUACACCCAUCUUCAACAUAUUAUUCAAACACAUAUGGAGACACAGGCAGAAGUGUCAGACAUGUCAGCAGACCAGAACACAAGCAUGGACAAAGAUACAGUAAUGUCACCACUCCCAACCAUUCAAGCAAUUGACUUGUCCAUUAUAUCUGAUGGACGUGAGGUUAUUUUACCUGGGGAAAAGACGCCCCCUUAUGGAGAAGUACCUGGUUUUGUGUUGGCCAAAAUCAGAGGAGAGGAUACAACAUCAGGCACUGGCUCUCUCCCAUCUCAUAGGAAAGGCCCCUCCACCACCAGAGUCUGUUUAGAGAAACGAUUCAACUCUAUCCCAGGAACUUUGAGACAUCAAGAUCUUCAGUCCUCUGUUCUUAGCAAUUUUCUGAUGGUAGUUCAGCAGCCUUCAGAGACACAGGAUGCAAGUACUCACUGCCAUCUUCAGAGGUGGAUUAGAUGUGACACAGGAAAUGAACUAUCCAGCCCAUUUAUAGAAAUGCACAAGUCUGUUACCAACAUGUCUGCACCACGAGUUAAAUCAAGGCCUACGAAAGACAUAUCUAAUUCACCCGGAGAGACUGGGAGCAGUGUCAGGAAAAGAGGGCAUCGAGUUCUUCCUCUGAGCCUGCGCAGAGAGCGGCACAACAGCAAGGAGAGAGAGCGCAGAAGGAGGAUUCGUUUGUGCUGUGAUGAGCUGAACGUGCUCGUGCCUUUUUGUCACGCAGACACUGACAAAGUAACAACUCUGCAGUGGACUGCAGCCUACCUCCGAUAUAUCAACCAGAUGUAUGGAGACACGCUAAAAAAGGAGUUUGAGAAGACUUACACAGAUAAAGAUGGACUGAAGCUUGACCCCUCCUCAGUGAACGACCUUAUUCUCCGGAAUACACAGAACAUUCCCAUGUCAGUUGAACCAUAG